AUGUCGGACGCCCUGCCGUACCGCUUUCCCGCCGACAGGGUGCGCCAGCCGCCCAGCCCCGUCAAGCAGAAGCGCCGCGGGACCAUCAGCUCCGGCACGCGCUCUGCCCGCGCGUGUAUACCUUGCCGCGAGCGCCACUGCGCGUGCGACAACGGCGAGCCGAUCUGCGGCGCGUGCCAGGCCAAGCCUCACCGCGACCUCGAGUGCGAGUACGGCCACUCGCCCCAGUUCUCGACCAAGGCGGGCAGGCGCAAGAGCGACGCCUCGGCUCGUAGCCUGAGCAGCUCCACCCUCCUCCUUUCCUCCUCGAGCCUGUCCUCCGCCAUCAAGUCCACCUCGAUCCAGCCGCAAACGCCUCGUCCCUCGAUCGACCGCGCCUGGUCCGACGUGCCCCGCGCUCGCGUCAACACGGCGCCGCAGUUCUCGAGCUACCCGCCGCCCGCCGCCACCUCGUCCGCCUUCCUCGGCUCGAGCCCGACCCGCCACCUCAGUAUCCGCACCGACGUCCACGUCAACCAGUACCACUACGACGGCCUCGAGACGCCCCUGUCGGCGUCGCCCUGGACCGCCUACGGCUCGACCGAGCCGACUUCCGCCCACUCGGUCGACGCCGUCGCGCUCGAGCCCGUCGUCGAGGCGACGUCGUACGGUACGACGGCGCCGCUCGCAGUGCCGGGUGCGCCUGAAGGUCAAGGGCAGGUCGUCGCACCCGUCGCGGCGUCGGCCGCCGGCGCGUUCGGAAGCGCCCAAUGCUCGUUCCAGGCGCUCGCCGUGCACGACGGCCUGCGCGCCCACUACCAGAGCUUUGGGGCCGGCAUGAGCGUGGCGGAGCGGGUCAGCAUGGAGGCGCUCAUCGGUGGUUCCGCAAAGGUGCUCGCCUCGCUUCACGAGCUGUCGGGCACCCUCGCCAGUCAGGCGUCGACGCCGCAGUGA